UUGGCGGCCAACAACGCCUCUUCUGCUCGUCUCGAGGGUGCCAGGGCAAAGGUGAACGCAGCCGCUGCUCGACUCGUCCCGGCGUCGAGCCCAGUCUCGGACGGACUGGCAGAAUCCCCUUUUUCGUGCCGGUAUUCACUGAGCCCUGAUCGGCCGCGGCACUAUCUCGUCCGCCCGACGAGUCGUCAAGCCGAAGCGCUUCACUCCUCUUCUCUCUUUCUGUCGCUCUGCCGCUCCAUCUCUCUGUCGGUGUGUCAGUGUGUGUGUCUUUCUCCGUUGUCACGGCCAGACAAGCCGGACCGACGAGUGCUAGAUACGGCCGCGGCGACGGCGACGGCGACGGCGACGGCGACGUCUACGUCUACGUCUACGGCGACGGCGACGGCCAGCAUGCGUGUAGAGGUGGGCGGCGAGAGUGUGGAUUACGUGUGGACCGAGUACACGGUGGACGCAGCGCCGGCGGCGUUGAGUGAGCUGUUCGAGAGCCCGCGCAUCCGCACGGCCGAGCAACGGACGCGAUGUCGUGUCGAGGUGACCAAGCGCACGUUGAACCGACGUCUGCCCUUGGCCCGAUGGGCUCGAUUCACCGUCGUCCGGGUGACCGGGCCCGACGACCAGACGGUGGGUCAGUUCAACCGGCUGCUGGAGAAGGCGGUGCCGGUGUACCGCAGCCGGCGCGACUAUCCGCGUCGAGCGGCCGUCACGCUCUACUGGAGACGCGGAGACAACGUGGACGAGUUCGCUCGCGCCGUCCUCCGUCCCUAUCGCGACGAGAGU